AUGGCAGAGCCAAUUGCAGUUAUCGGGCUAGACGCAAAGUUGCCCUGUGACGGUGACAGCGUACAACAAUUUUUCGAAUUCCUCGUCGCUGGACGAUCAGCUCGGAAACCCGUGCCGAGUGAUAGAUACAAUGCAGAUGCAUUUUGGCAUCCGGAUCACCACCGGGAUGGAAUUAUUGCAAGUAAAGAAGGCCACUUCAUGAGCGGCAGCGUCAAAGCCUUCGACGCCCCCUUCUUCGGCAUCACACCCGCCGAAGCCGCAGCGCUGGACCCUCAACAGCGACUUCUCCUCGAGUCCUCAUACGCAGCCCUAGAAAACGCUGGAUACACAUUAAACGAUAUCCUAGGCUCCAACACGGGCGUGUACACGGGCUCGUUUGUGUACGAUUACCGUGAUGUGACGAUCAAAGAUACGGAUGUCGCGUUGACGUAUUCGGGUACGGGAAGUGUGCCGAGUACGCUUGCGGGGCGUGUAGCGUGGUUUUAUGAUUUUAGGGGGCCCGCAUUUACGGUGGAUACGGCGUGCUCGAGUAGUAUGGUGGCGCUGCAUCAGGCGGUUAUUGGGUUGAAGUCGAGGGAGUGUAAUCUUGCACUUGCGUGUGGUACCAAUGUUAUCCUCUCACCAGAGUUUGGACAGCAGCUGAAUGGGCUGGGUGUCUUGUCGCCGCAGGGUGCUUCGAAAAGUUUUGAUAAAGAGGCUAAUGGGUAUGGUAGAGGUGAAGGUAUUUCGGUAGUUGUGCUCAAACGCAUGUCGGAUGCGAUUCGCGAUGGAGACACUAUUCGAGCUGUCAUUCGUAACAGUGGAAUCGGCCACGACGGAAAGGGUGCCCCUCUACCGGCACCAGUAAGAGAGUCUCAAGCGAACCUUGUGCGAAGGUGCUAUGCACAAGCAAAGGUUGAUCCUUCGGAAACGCGCAUGUUUGAGGCACACGGAACAGGCACAAACGCGGGAGAUCCAACUGAGGCAGGCGCCAUCAGUGACAUCUUCAGCCGCUAUCGGUCAGAAGAAGAGCCCAUCUAUAUUGGCGCCCUUAAGAGUAACAUCGGACACACUGAAGGGAACUCUGGUAUUGCGUCUUUCAUCAAGGCAGUGCUGACCUUGGAGAGCGGCAUCAUCCCAGCAAAUGCACACUUCAAAGAAGUCAACCACGCGAUUCCGAAGAAGUGGCAUUUCAAGUUCCCAAUAGCUGCAACUCCGUUUCCCAAGACUGCCUCAGGCGUUCGCCGGAUCUCUAUCAAUUCUUUUGGUAUUUCGGGUACCAACGCUCAUGUGGUCCUGGAGGAUGCGCGUCACUUCUUGAAGUCACAUGGUUGUGAUGCGCCCCACCGGACUAUUGCCGAACCUCGACUAGCCGGUACAACUGCGGAAAUACCAGCAGUCAUCAACGGUACCGCCUUUACUCCGCAACUCUUUGUCUUCAGUGCCUUCGAUCAAGAUGGUGUUUCCAGGAUGUGCAAGGCAUACGCAGAGUACCUACCCAAGAUGACGGAUUCACUUUACAACUUGAGUUACACACUCGCAAGCAAGAGGUCCAGAUUCUCGUGGAGGGCAGCCGUCGUAGCAAGCUCGGGCCAGUCAUUAGAAGACAGGCUGUCUGAAGGGCAACCAGCCACACGUUCUCUUGAUCAGCCUGGCCUUGGAUUUGUUUUCACUGGUCAGGGCGCUCAGUGGGCUCUCAUGGGCACGGAAUUGAUGCAGUAUCUGGCCUACCGACAAAGUGUUGAAUGCGCGGAUGCCUACUUGAAGACACUGGGCUGCGAAUGGUCUGUGAUCGAUGAACUUUCGAAGCACGAGGGUGAAUCUCGCAUCAACAACGCCGAGUUCUCGCAAGCACUGUGCACAGUCGUUCAAGUUGCACUUGUCGAUCUCCUGGCUGAUUGGGGAGUGAAAGCGCAAGCUGCCGCUGGUCAUUCUUCGGGUGAAAUUGCGGCUGCAUACUCAGCCGGUGCCAUUGAUCAAGAGAGUGCAUGGAGAAUUGCAUACUGGCGUGGCAAGCUUUCCGUCCAACUAGCUGCCUCCAAGGACCAACCUAAGGGGGCUAUGGCUGCUGUUGGUCUGGACUCUAAAAAGACACUAGAAGCUAUCGACAAGGUCAAUGAGUCUGGAUUCCAGACUGUCGGCAAACUGACAAUUGCUUGCAUGAACAGCGAGAAUAACCACACUGUGAGCGGAGAUGUUGAACAAAUUGACGCUCUUGUUCAGAUGCUCGGUAACGAGAGCGUCUUCGCGCGCAAGUUGAAGGUCGAAAUGGCAUACCACUCGAGAUACAUGGAGCCCAUUGUUGGACAGUACACCAAAUGUAUGGGCAAGAUUAUCCCCCGUCCGUGGAAUGGCCAACAGGUUGAUGUGCAGUUCUUCUCAUCAACAUAUGGCACGAAGAUCGAUCACUCCAAGCUACGGGAGCCCGCAUACUGGACUACGAAUCUUGUCUCGACAGUGAGAUUCAAUGAUUCGCAGACAGAGAUGCUCAAAGCCUCGUCCGAUGUCAAGUUAGAGGGCCGCUCAUUUAGCCUCGUCACUGAUGUCAUCGAGAUUGGUCCUCAUUCCGCCUUACAAGGUCCGCUCCGCAACAUCAUCGACGGGGUGAACAGGGGAGGCAGUGGUAUCAAGUAUCACCAUACACUGAAACGAGGAGAUUCGGAUGUGGAAGUGAUCAUGCAGGCCGCUGGAACCCUGUUCACUCGGGGCAUCGAAGCGGAUCUGCUGAAGAUCAACCAUGUCGAAGGAACAAAUCCCAUUUUGAUGACCGAUCUCCCCCGGUACCAGUUCAACCACUCUCGUGAAUACUGGAGCGAGUCUCGACUAAGCAGGAACUUCCGAUUCCGCACCGCUGCUCGCCACGAGCUCCUCGGUGCGCCUGUUACUGAUUGGGAUGCAAAGCACGAUGCUAUCUGGCGCAACUGGAUCCGUCUUUCAGAGAACCCAUGGGUCGAACAUCAUGCUGUCUCGGGGGCCGUCUUGUAUCCAGCUGCCGGUAUGCUUGUGAUGGCCAUUGAGGCAUGCAAGCAACUUGCUGAGAUCUCGAACCCUGGAAAGGUGAUCAAAGCUAUCCGUUUCCGUGAGGUGUCUUUCCAUUCUGCACUGCAGGUUCCCGACAACAAUCUUGGUGUCGAGUCACAUCUGCACCUGCGCCCGGUGAAGCAGGCAGCUCGGGAGACAAAGACUUCUCCUUGGCGUGAAUUCCAGGUACUUACAGCUCAGGAAGAUGACCAGUUUCGAGAGCAUUGCUGUGGUCAGGUUCUUGUUGAGUAUGAAGAAUCAACGACUGCCGUCGAUGCUGGUCGAGAAGAUCAAGCCCUCAGGGAUCAUGCUCAAGUCCGGAUUUCGGACGCUCAGCAAAAAUGCAAGACUCAGGUCACACCUGACCAAAUUUACCAGGCCUGGAAGGACGUCGGUCUGUUGUUUGGUCCGACAUUCCAAACCCUGUCGGAGUCCGCUGUCGACCACGAAUCGGGUGUGACGUUUGCUACCAUCAAACCGACCGUACCACUUCUGAAGUCCUUGAUGCCCCUGAACUACCUGCAACCACAUCUCAUCCACCCUACAACAUUGGAUGGUGCACUACAGGCGUGUCUUGUGCCUCUGGUUUCCAACCCUACCAGGAAGCAAAACAAGCCCAUUGUUCUCUCAUUCAUAGAAGAACUUUGGAUCUCCGCAAGCACGCAUCCUGAAGAGGGCUACCAAGUCUUUGCUGACUACGACGCCUGCAACCGCAACGAACACACCUUAUCCUGCACUGCAAUCGACACUAACACCAAAGUGCCCAUGAUCCGAGCAUCUGGCUGCAGAGUCACCGAAGUCGAUGGCGGUGCCAGCACAUCAAGCUCCGAGUUGGACCCUAAACACAAAGCAUGGCACAUCACAUGGAAGGCAGACACAGAUUUCGCCGAUUUUGGUGCGGAAACUGAAGGUUUCCAGAAAUAUCUAGAUGCACUGGCGCACAAGAACCCGCAUAUGAAGUUCCUCGAUGUCAGCAAUGGCGCAUAUACUUUCACCAACGAGGUCCUCACUACACUGGCCCAGCGUUAUGGCGACUACGACUUGACGGAUAGCUCUAUCUCGUCUCUCAAUGAGAUACAGAAGAACGUCACAGCAGGUUUUGUGCAGCCCAAGGUCCUGGAUAUCAUGUCUGAGCCGAUGCACCAGGGCUUCAAAUACGAGUCAUAUGACGUUCUUGUAGCGCCUGUGGGCGCGAUUCCCAACGCGCAUAUGGAUAUCGUUCUCCGCAGGUUCUACAGUCUUCUUAAGCCUGGCGGCAAGAUCGUUCUUACGGUACCAUUCGGUAAGGCUGUAGCGAAGAGCUGGGCCAAGUAUCUUGCUCAGCAGGGGUUCAGUGAACGAGGCGCUUUGUUUGGGGACAAGAAGUCUUCGGUUCUGAUUGCUAGUGUUCCUGCCACUGACAGCAAGGAAUCGGUAGUAAAGCCUAAGACUUAUUAUGUUGUAGCCGAUCAGGCGUCUGAGAAACAGCGAAAGGUGGCUGAGAAGCUGGAGUCGUCGUUGAAAGAGAACGGCGUGGCUGUCAAGAUCAUUGCUCUCGCCGAAUACGAGAAACUAGCGACGACAGCUAACCAGGAGGCAAUCGCUGAUAGCGCUUGCAUCAUGCUUCCAGAACUAGAGAAACCACUGCUCGCUACCGCCGACCAAGCUGUACUAUCAGCACUGAAGAAGAUGGUAGGCGGAAAGCGGCUGCUAUGGGCCAACAAGGAGUCUCCCGACACGGAUCUCGUCACUGGCUUCGCUGGAAGUAUCCGUCUUGAUCUUCCAAAACUGGAAUUCGUCACUCUUGCCUUCCAACCCGAGGAAGGUGAUGAGAACAUCGCAAGCAAGAUCUUGGAGGUCGAUACACGCUUGUCUUCGCACCGCACAGGUGCAUACGAGACAUCGUACAAGGUCAUCGACGGCUCUAUCAUGAUUCCACGACUCGUCGAAGCUCCCGCAUUGACAAAGCACGUCGGCCAGAUCUCUGAUAACAGCCUGACUGAAAUGGCAUUCGGGGCGGACCCAACGUGUCCCCUGCGCCUCAAGGUCCAGCAAAUCGGAUCCUUGAACUCAUCGUGCUUCGUUACUGAUCAUUUAUACGCUGCUCCUCUGGAUGCAGACCAAGUAGAAUUCAAAGUCAAAGCUACCGGUAUGAAUUUUAAGGAUCUAGCUAUUCAGCUUGGCAUGAUCUCAGAGUCAGCCAUGGGUCUCGAGGCUGCGGGAAUAGUCACUCGCGUAGGAUCAGGAGUGACGCGGUUUAAACCAGGUGACCGGGUCUUUGGUUUUACGUACGAUGGCUCGUUCACUACUUACGCGCGGACUGGCGAGAGUAUUCUCGCCAAGAUCCCUGACAACUUGUCUUUUGCUCAGACUGCCAUCAUUCCAGUUGUGUACUUGACAGCUUGGAUCUGUCUCUACGAAAUUGGCGGUCUCUCCAGACGUGCGAAACGAGGCAAGAAGCCAACUGUACUCAUUCAUGUUGCUGCUGGUGGUGUUGGCCAAGCUGCUAUCCAGCUGGCGCAGCGUGAGGGAGCAGAAAUCUUUGUCACGGUUGGAAGUAUUGAGAAGCGUGAUCUCCUUGAAAAAGUGUACGGGAUCCAGCGCGACCACAUCUUCUCAAGCCGCGAUUUGACCUUCAAGACUGGUGUGCUGCGUAUGACAGCCAACCGUGGAGUCGACAUCGUAAUCAACAGUCUUGCUGGCGAUGCCCUUCGCGCCAGCUGGGAACUCGUUGCGCCAUUCGGAGCCUUUGCUGAGAUUGGGCUAACCGACAUCGAAUCUAGGGCUCGCAUCUCCAUGGCCACUUUUGCCCGAGGCGUGAGAUUCGAAUCACUCGAGUUGGCGUACAUGUGGAGGACCGACCCAGAGCGACUUGGUAACCUCUGGGCAGACAUGAUUGAAGAUACGCUUGGUCGUAAUCUCAAGAUUAAGACGCUUAUCACGAGUUACCCCGUCUCGCAGAUGGAAGAGGCAAUGCGUCUGAUUCAGUCUGCCAAGCAUAUUGGAAAGCUGGUGAUUGAGUAUCAUGACGAGGAUGUCGUUCGGGUUAUUCAGCCGCCCAAGCAGGCUGCUAAGCUUCAGACUGACGCUACAUAUGUUAUCUCUGGUGGCUUUGGAGGGCUGGGCUUGGAAAUCAUCCGCUGGCUUGUGCAGGCUGGUGCUAAGAAUCUGAUCGUUCCUUCGAGGAGAGGUCCUUCGGAUGAGGCAAGCAAGGCACUUGUGGCUGAAUUGCAGGACAAUGGUAUUCAGAUUGCUACUCCUUCGUGUGAUAUCACGGAUAAGGCUGGGUUGGAGAAGGUUAUCUCCAAGGCUCUGGCUAAGAUGCCACCAGUUCGUGGAUGCAUUCAGUCGUCUGCUGUUUUUGCUGACAACGCUUUUGACAAGAUGACAGCGGAACAAUGGCACCAGGCUGUCGAUGUCAAAGUAAAAGGAAGUCAAAACCUUUGGGACAUCUUCACUUCAACCAGCAAAACCCUCGAUUUCUUCAUCAUGCUAUCCUCCCUCGUCGGCAACAUCGGCAUGAGCGGCCAAGCAAACUACUGCGCAGGAAACUCUUACCAAAACGCCAUGGCCAGGUCUUUGGCAUCCCAAGGCCACAACGUCGUCGCGCUCGCCGCUCCAGUCCUCGACGACGCCGGCAUGGUCGCCGAGAGACCAGCACUAAGAUCAUACCUCCUCUCGACCGGUCUCGCCUUCAUGUCCUCUGAGCAACUCGUCAAAACGCUCGAUUACUACUGCCACCCCGGGACGAAACUCAGCGUCGAGGAAGCCCAAUCAAUCCCAAGAUUCUGGCUCCCGAGGUACACUGCAGAUGAAGGCGCUGAGCAACCAGCCUGGCAGCACGAACCAAUGUAUAACCACAUGGUCCUUCGCAACGGCGCAGACAAUAGUAAUGGAUCGUCUGGAAACGGGGGCUCAUCUACACGAUCGACACCCGAUCUGAUUGCUGCAGUGACAUCGCUCGAGGAAGCAGAGCAGACAGUGCUCAAGGCGUUGCUGAACCAACUUACCAAGACGCUCAGCUACGACUUGGAAGAAUUGGACGCUGAUAGGUCACUCAAUGCGUAUGGUGUGGACUCCCUUGUUGCUGUAGAACUCAGGUUGUGGAUGACAAAGGAAAUUGGAGCUGAUGUUUCGGUUUUCGAUUUUACGAAUGGGCAGUCUAUUGGGCAGCUUGCUGCAAAGGCGGCGGCGAAGUCGAGGUUUUUGCCAGAGGUGAAGGGGGCGGAGAAGGCGGAGGGAGCGUAG